CUGCUCACUAGUCCCCAGUAACUUAGACUUCAGUGUGCGCAAAUUCGUAAACCCGACUGCGGGGCUGGUGGUGUCACCGUCCCGAGACCUGAAACCCGACGGGAAGCCCCUCUUCACCCUCCAAAGAAGAUGACAACCCACAGAGAGGUCAACACACCCAGGUCAAGCAUUUGGUGCAUUUCCUGCAAGUGUAGGAGUGGAAUGUUUAUAUCUUACAUCUGUAAGAUCUCAAGGCCAGAGAAUGGCAGGGGAACAGAAACCCUCAAGUAACCUCCUGGAACAGUUUAUUCUACUCGCCAAAGGUACCAGUGGUUCGGCGCUCACGGCUCUCAUAAGCCAAGUCCUGGAGGCGCCGGGGGUGUACGUGUUUGGAGAGCUGCUGGAGCUGGCCAACGUGCAGGAGCUUGCCGAAGGAGCAAACGCUGCUUACUUGCAGUUGCUGAACCUGUUUGCCUACGGGACAUACCCAGAUUACAUAGGUGGGUGGGGCCGAGCAGCCAACAAGGAGAGCCUCCCUGCCCUGAGCACGGCCCAGCAGAACAAGCUGAAGCACCUGACCAUCGUGAGCCUGGCGUCCCGGAUGAAGUGUAUCCCCUACUCUGUGCUGCUGAAAGACCUGGAGAUGCGCAAUCUCCGGGAGCUGGAAGACCUCAUCAUCGAGGCCGUCUACACCGACAUCAUCCAGGGCAAGCUGGAUCAGCGGAACCAGCUGCUGGAGGUGGAUUUCUGCAUCGGCCGGGACAUCCGGAAAAAGGAUAUCAAUAAUAUCGUCAAGACCUUGCACGAAUGGUGUGACGGCUGCGAGGCGGUCCUGCUGGGCAUCGAGCAGCAGGUCCUGCGCGCCAACCAGUACAAGGAGAGCCACAGCCGGACCCUGCAGCAGGUGGAGGCGGAGGUGACCAACAUCAAGAAGACGCUGAAGGCCACGGCGUCGUCCUCGGCGCAGGAGAUGGAGCAGCUGGCCGAGCGCGAGUGCCCCCCGCACGCCGAGCAGAGGCAGCCCACCAAGAAGAUGUCCAAAGUGAAAGGUCUGGUGUCCAGCCGCCACUAGGGCCGGCGCGGGCAGCUGGCGCUCAGCAGGCAGCGGCCGGGUGGGGAGGGGCCCAGGGCCCGUCCCUCGGCCCCCCUCUGUGCCGCCGGGGAGCGCCAGGCCUGCCCGGCCCCUCCCAGCGCCUCUCGCCCUGUUGGUACUGUCCCGAAGAACCGUUAGCCCCGCCCCGUGGGCAGACACUGCCCGGCUUACUCCAGGAGCUCCCGCUCGGCCAGGGGCCGGGCCCCCUCCCGGUGUUUCUUUUGCUCAUGUCAUUUGGUCGGGCUGGUCACGAGCCGCUUGGGCCCACGGCCACAGAGGUCCUGCCCCCGGCGGGAGGGGCCCCUCUGCAGCUGGGCCCCCGCCCCUCCCCUCCCCACGCACUCACCGUGCGGCACCCCCAUUGCGCUGUCCUGCCUUACCCCGUCAGCCGCUGCGGGGGCCGCGGGGCAGAGGGAAGCCACACUGGCCAUGUUUACGACUCCUGAGACCCCUCCCGCCGCCGGCACCUCGGGGCAGCCCUGCCUCGGUGGUCCUGCUCUCGGCUGCGCUUUCUGCCACCCGCUCUGCCCACACGGGCCUGGGCAGGAAGGGCCCAGCCCCCACAUCUCUGUCCUGUGGCUGCGCCCGUGGCGAGGACGGUGCCCACUGCUGCCUCAGCCCCGCCACCUCCCGCCAACGCCCCGAGUGACGACCGCGGCGGCCCAGCAAGAGGAAAGGACCUGACUAGCUUUUCUGGACUCGAACAGUUUCAGGUUAUAUUUGAAUUUUUUUUUUUUUUUUGUACAGGUUCUGAUUCUAAUACAUUUCCACAUGCUUUUUUC